GUAUUCUUUUAGCUCUGGGUUAUAACCCACCGUUUCCGUUUAACCUCAGGUAUAAAUAGCUCCUAAUUUUAUGUAAAGAUCAUCUUGUUCAGUAAUAAAUUACUUAUACACAACAACGUAUACCGGAUCUAACAACCGUAAAUGAUAUUAUUAUACAAAUAUCAAGUGGAAUGACACCUCGUCCAACAGUACUAAAGAAAAAAUUGACUGAACGACGAAUGCAAGAAUUAUAUGAUCGUUCUUCUGCUGGCGCAAUAUCAGAAAAAGAAUUAUUAGUUGGACUGUCUUAUUUUGUAGCAAAUAAAAAAUAACCAAAAUAGAGAAACUCAAAACAUGCAUAACAACGAUAUGAUCGAGCGUCGUUUACGUUUCAGUAGAAGGACAAUUUAGAUGGAUUCACAUUUUUCUAUGAUGGGUCGAUGUAUAAUUAUAUACGUACAAUUCAAAUAUCAUUUACACCCAUUCGAGAUGUGAAAUUUUUAAAUGAAUCCGAUAGCUUUGUUAUGACAGUUUCUGGAAUGGCGAAACGAUUUAGGAUAUUUUCUCGAAUGAGUGCUGAUUUAGCGUGUGCCGAUAUUGACAAUAGCCAUCCACAACAUAUUUAUUUCCAACCGACACCUGAUCAUGUUUUAAGUGUUGAUUAUUCCGACUGGCUUGAUUCAGCCGUUUUAUGUGGCUCAAAUGGACACGUGUGCUUCUAUCGUUUAACAAAUUUUGUUCGUUGGACAAGAAAAAAUGAAUGUUCAACAAAAUAUCGUGUGCAAAUUCUUAAUAUACCAUCAUUCCUGCAAAAAUCAUCAACGGACAAUCAACAAUCAAUAAGUUCGAACAGUAAAUCAUCGCCAUCGAAACAAGUUAAUCAAAAAGGUUCACUUACAAGUGGUAAAAAUGAAUCGAUAAAUAAUGGCUGUGAUGAUACCUAUGAAAAAGGCGCGUAUUCUGAAUUAAUCAAAAAUAUUCUUUGA